GGCCACACGCGAGGACGGUCUUUGGAAAGACCCUUUCGUGCAAUCGGCCCCUGUCUGUCCGUGCUUGGCCUGGGAACGAUCAAAAUUGCUAUCAUAACUCCGCGAAACUACAUGUGCCAGUGGUUGAAAUUUGAAAAUCAAGAAUGAUGUCUUGUUUCCGGAAGACCAUCCCAGUGCAUGGUCUACCCCACCACAGACUUUGCACUUUUAGUUUCCUACGAAAGACAUACUCGCUUCAGCGGAUGCAACGAUUAGUGGUUCUUGCAAGUACAAGACCAAGUCUACCUGCUGCCUCUCUUUGUACUACAGAUAUCAAUGUGUUCUCUCCAAGACUGUCCAAUGACAAGGAGCUCCAACUGGAAGGGUCCUGCUUGAAACAUAUAUCCUUGCCUUCAAGUGGAAACAGACAACCUGCCAGGCAUUUCUCAACUGGUACACAAUGUUUGGAUAAACCCUGGAAAGAAGGUGUAAAUAGCGAGAAUGCGUCUGCGGGUAAUCGUCCAAAGAGAGAAGGAGAAUUACUGAAGCACACCAAUCUUCUAAGAAGUCCCAAGCAGAGAUUUGUUUUGACCCAGAGCUUAGCACGAACUGUCAGGGAAUGCAUCUGGCCUGGUGAUACCCUGAGGGAAGAGACUGCUACUAUUAUCUCUGCUAAUGAAGGUCCAGGAUUCAUGUCGAGAGAGUUAUUAGAGAAUGGAGCACCCAGAGUGCUCAGCCUCUGCAGGCAUCAACAGUUUUGUCCUACGCUAGAGGACAUCAGGAGAGAAGCAUCUGAGCGUUUCCAGUGGCGGCAUGCUGAUAUCUACCAGAUGCAGUACAUGGGGGACAGGGACAUCAGGCCUCCAGUAGCAAGAAUAGAAGAUGUCUUUCAAGACAUUGAUUCGGCUGCGUGGGAGGAAGAUAUUGGAUUAAAGGUGGUUGGAGCAUUGCCCCAAGAUGGAGAGCGGAAGCAUGCCUAUGUCCUGGCCAGUCUAAUCUUGGAGAGACUGUCCAUGUUCAGCUAUGGCCGUGUGCAACUCAACCUCUUUAUGAGCAAGAAUUGUUACAAUACAAUGAUCCAUCCUCCUGGGAAUAUGAAAAACUACCGUGCACUUUCAGCCCUCUACCAAGUAUCAUCGGAUAUUCAACUCCUUCAUACUGAACCUAUGGUGUCUUUCAAGCUACCACGCAAAACGCGUCCAAAGUCAAAUGCUGCUGUGGAUGUAGAGAAGAAGUUGGAGGACCUGUGUCUGGUUCAGAUCACACCCAGGAGAGAUCUAUUUAACAGGCAUCUGAUGGAGCAAUGGCAGGCAUUCAUCUUUGUCUUCUUUGUCAGGCAGGCCCUAGCAAGACGCAAGGAGAAGCUGGAGAAAAUCAUUGAAGCCUGGGCCCCCGGUAGUUCGGAUGUGAUUGCUGAGUUCGGGUACAGCAGGAAGACCCUGACGGGGGAUGUCAGCGGCGAUGACUUCCUGGCCAUCUUCUGUCGCAUCUGUAAGCUGGAUAAUUUCAACGGAGCAUGGAUGGGAGAAGAGGUCAUGGGUUGGGCGUCUGGGAGACACCAGGACAUGAACACAUUAGAACUGAGUCAGGCUCUUGGAUCCGUCCAUCUCACAUGAUAUAUGGGGAGCACCUGUUAUUAGCUACUGAAAACCCUUGCAUCCGAUUGGCUCACAGCUAAUUUGUCUUCAAACAGCACUGACAGGAUGCUUCAUGAUACAUGGUCAUGGGUUGGGCACCUGGAAGACAUCGGGAUAUCGUUAGAACUGAGUCAGGCUCCAGGAUCCAACCACCUCGCACGAUAUCCGGGGAGCAUUUUAUUAGACAAAUAGUGAUUUGCACUAUUUGUUAUAAUCUACUGAAAUGCUUGCAUCUGAUUGGCUCAGAGCCAAUUUGUAAGUGAAAGUCACCUGUGGUAUGAGGGAUGUCACCUGGAUCUGCAGGGAAGCACAAGAUGAAUACUGUGUGAUGCUUUAAAGUUUGGAAAUGAUCUUGCCCGGAGGAUGACGAUGGGAGCAUAGGCUUUUGUGAUCUUGGCAGCUAAGUACCAGUCAAGUUGGCUUGGGCAUGGCUCACGUUGCGAUUGACAUGUCAAAUAAUCCUUGCCUGCAAACAAUUCAUUAAAACAGGUAGAAUCAAUACAGGUUUGUUUGAUGCCCAUCACUGAUACGUAAAAACAUAACUUGACAUUACUUACUUGGCCUUUCCUAGGGUAAAAUG